AUGUUGGAAAAUUGCAGUGUCAUAAUCCAGAAGAAAUUUCCUGCAAAGCUCAAAGAACCUGGAAGUUUCAACAUAUCAUGUGUUAUUGGUGAUGACAAACACAUGAAGGCACUUUGUGAUUUGGGGGCGAGCAUCAACUUGAUGCCCCUAUCCUUCUUUUGGAAGAUGGAAAUCGGCAUUCUCAAGCCGACUAGAAUCACGCUCCAAAUGGUCGAUAGAUCCGUCACCUAUCCUGAAGGAAUCAUUGAAGAUGUGUUGGUGCAGGUAAAUGACUUUAUAUUCCCCGUUGAUUUUGUUGUGCUUGACAUGGAAGAAGAUAUGAAUGUGCCGCUUAUUCUUGGUCGUCCUUUCUUAGCGACGGGGAAAGCGUUGAUUGAUUUGUCAAGGGGAGAGCUUACCAUCCGCAUGGGACCCAAACACCAUAUCUUGUCCAUCUACAAUGCCAUGAAGAGUUCUGAGGUGGAAGAGAUUGCUAUGAAGAAAGAGUGCAAAGUUGUGCACGUUGUAGAGGUUCAGAAGGCUGAAGUGGCGAAGCCCAAGGUCGAGAACAUUUCCUUAUCACAGUGUCUAUUUGGCUCAUGUGGUGGAUGA